GAAAGAAGAGCGAAGUCAACAAUGAUGCCAAUUGCAGAUAAUCAGAUGCCUCAACCAGAACAGCAUCAAGUGGACUACAAACAAAAGUACAAGGCUCUGAAGAAAAAACUCAAAUUUCUUGUUUAUGAGCAAGAAUGUUUCCUUGAGGAAUUAAGGAAAGCACAGAGAAAAUUGUUAAAGAUAUCGAGAGACAGAAGCUUUCUGUUGGACCGCCUCUUGCAACACGAGAAAAUAGAUGAAUCUUCAGGCGAUUCUGAUGCUACUGCUUCAAGUGACAGUGAGGUAGAAAGUCAAAGUUCAAGAAAAAGGAAAGCUGGUCUUAGUCCAGGCCAGGGUGGAGACCCUUCAGCCAUUCUAGGAAGUCUUGGGACACCAGGAACGCCUUCUGGAGCAUCCAGUCUUCUUAUGGCAGCAGAGCCAGCAAAGAAAAAGUCAAAAUCAAGUGCUAAGAAGGCAGUGUUGUCUAAAGGAGGUAAAGUAUCUCAAGUUAAAGAGAAAGCAAGUCACAUGACCAGGGAGGAGCUUGAGCGCCACCUAGAAUCAAGACAGAAUGUGUUUGGCAUAGAAAAAGCCCCCAUGAUGUUACCAAUGGAAAUCUUCAGUAAUGACAACUCAAACCCAGACAGUGAGUCAGCACUAGAAAACCUGAAAGAAGAAGAAGAUUGUGAUUUAAUUGUGGAUUCUGGACAGUGAAUAGACAAGAACAUAGCACAUUGCUUUGGUAAUCUCUAUAUACAGGGACAGGUAAGGGGCCAGACUUGAUAAGUUUACUUUUGUCCAAGAAUUUCUCAAUGAACUACUGGAACCAAGUGGAUAAACCUUCACAAAUGUGAAUACCGAUGUGCAUUCGAACAUGUGGACCUAUUUGAUAUAAAUGCUAUAUCUGUUUGAAGGUGCUGGAUCAAAAGUAUCGUAUCUGAUGUUGUACACAGGAAAAUGAUAUUACAACUGAUUUACAUCAUCAACUUACAAUAUUUAAGGUAUAAUUUGUUAUGAAGUGAACGAACAGUCAUAAUAUAGAUGUACUCUCACUGACUGGGAAGAAAAGAUCUAAUUACAUUGUGUACCAGUAACAUCAUUGAUUCUGACUAUUUUUUACUGUAAAAAAACUGCCUUGUCAAGUAUGAGAUGUUGUUCUGAUCCUGAACUUACAUAUUAUAGGUUUCUGAUAUUAAUAACAUUUACAUUUACCAUUGACUCUGUUAUUUUAACAAAUGAAAUUUGAAAAAUUGUUUGAAAGUUGGAUGAACCCAUAGCCAAAGUCUAUUUCCUGUAAAUGUCUUGGCUUACUGAAGGGAGCAUUUAGUCAUUUUCAAAUAGCUGAAGUCAAGUUAUUGUUUUGUGUUCCCAUGUGGUAAAUGGUGAGUAGUAUGCAGGAAUAUCUAUAUGGUGUCUACCAUUUUAUGGUAAUUGGUGUGUGGUAUGGAAGGAUGGUGUAAAAAUGAUUUACAUGGUGUGUACCAAAUUGUGUGUGGUGUGGAGGGAUGGUGUAUAAUUUACAUGGUGUGUACCUACUUGUUGUGUGUGGUAUGGAGGGAUGGUGUAUAAUUUACAUGGUGUGUACCUUCUUGUUGUGUGUGGUAUGGAGGGAUGGUGUAAUGAUUAACAUGGUGUGUACCUACUUGUUGUGUGUGGUAUGGAGGGAUGGUGUAUAAUUUACAUGGUGUGUACCUACUUGUUGUGUGUGGUAUGGAGGGAUGGUGUAUACCUACUUUUGUGUGGUGUGGAGGGAUGGUGAAAUGAUUUACAUGGUGUGUACCUACUUGUUGUGUGUGGUAUGGAGGGAUGGUGUAUAAUUUACAUGGUGUGUACCUACUUGUUGUGUGUGGUAUGGAGGGAUGGUGUAUAAUUUACAUGGUGUGUACCUUCUUGUUGUGUGUGGUAUGGAGUGAUGGUGUAUACCUACUUGUGUGUGGUAUGGAGGGAUGGUGUAAUGAUUUACAUGGUGUGUACCUACUUGUUGUGUGUGGUAUGGAGGGAUGGUGUAUAAUUUACAUGGUGUGUACCUACUUGUUGUGUGUGGUAUGGAGGGAUGGUGUAUACCUACUUUUGUGUGGUGUGGAGGGAUGGUGAAAUGAUUUACAUGGUGUGUACCUACUUGUUGUGUGUGGUAUGGAGGGAUGGUGUAUACCUACUUGUGUGUGGUAUGGAGGGAUGGUGUAAUGAUUAACAUGGUGUGUACCUACUUGUUGUGUGUGGUAUGGAGGGAUGGUGUAUAAUUUACAUGGUGUGUACCUACUUGUUGUGUGUGGUAUGGAGGGAUGGUGUAAUGAUUAACAUGGUGUGUACCUACUUGUUGUGUGUGGUAUGGAGGGAUGGUGUAUAAUUUACAUGGUGUGUACCUACUUGUUGUGUGUGGUAUGGAGGGAUGGUGUAUACCUACUUUUGUGUGGUGUGGAGGGAUGGUGAAAUGAUUUACAUGGUGUGUACCUACUUGUUGUGUGUGGUAUGGAGGGAUGGUGUAUAAUUUACAUGGUGUGUACCUACUUGUUGUGUGUGGUAUGGAGGGAUGGUGUAUAAUUUACAUGGUGUGUACCUUCUUGUUGUGUGUGGUAUGGAGGGAUGGUGUAUACCUACUUUUGUGUGGUGUGGAGGGAUGGUGAAAUGAUUUACAUGGUGUGUACCUACUUGUUGUGUGUGGUAUGGAGGGAUGGUGUAUAAUUUACAUGGUGUGUACCUACUUGUUGUGUGUGGUAUGGAGGGAUGGUGUAUAAUUUACAUGGUGUGUACCUUCUUGUUGUGUGUGGUAUGGAGGGAUGGUGUAUACCUACUUGUGUGUGGUAUGGAGGGAUGGUGUAAUGAUUAACAUGGUGUGUACCUACUUGUUGUGUGUGGUAUGGAGGGAUGGUGUAUAAUUUACAUGGUGUGUACCUACUUGUUGUGUGGUAUGGAGGGAUGAUGUAAUGAUUAACAUGGUGUGUACCUAUGUGUUAAGUAUUCUGUAAGGUGUAAACAGAUCUAUGUAGAUAAUGAAUUGUGUCAAGUGCCGUGUUAUUAUGUUACCUGUUGUUCAACUUGUACGUACUCAUGUAAAUCAUUUACCAAUAAA